AUGGCUAUCCGCCUCCUCGUCUUCGUCCACCGCCACCCCUCCCUCACCCCAACUGCCUUCCGGGACUGCUACGAGACCCAUGUCGCCCUCCUCCAACGGUUAACCACCACGACAUUUCCUCUCUCCCAUCGCCGCAGCUACCUAGCGCGCAAUCUCGUGGAUGCCGGCUCCGACACCCUCCCCCUCCAUCAGCCGGUCGACAUCACCUACGACGCCAUAGCGGAGUUGACCUUCGCCGACCAUGCCGCCCUGGCAGCCUUCCAGGCUCGCAUCACCGCCCCAGACGUGGCGGCGCAGAUCGCCGCCGACGAGGAGACCUUCCUAGACCGCGCGAAGCUCCGGGUGGUGUGGCUGGGGGAUGUGGUUGAGAGUAUGGGUGUUGCUGCUCAGUACCGAGUAGAGUAG